GCAGUUGAUGUCAGUGGAGAGUCAGACCUCUCUCUGUUCGUGUGAAGGAGUCCGCUGCCAAUAAAACUAUCGAACUACCGGAACACUUGCAACCAGCUCACUCGGUUUCCCCCUCAGAAGGAGGUAACACCGUCGGUAACCGGAACGGAAACAUCCCGGUGAUGAAACGGCUUUAGGACGAUCGUAACUUUGGUGAUGUGUGUAGCGCCGCUGAUGGAGACGCUCUGAGGGUGACACUGGGAACAUCCUCGCCCUUCCUCACCCUUCCUCCCCCGCCCCCUGAAGGCUGCACAGAUGUUUUCAAUCGGUCAGGAAAACAUCUCCUCCUCCACGGCCUCCACCAAAGGACCGGUGAAAUAUGGAGAGCUCAUUGUUCUGGGGUGUAAUGGCUCUCUGCCAAACGGUGACAAGGGGAGGAGGAAAAGUCGCUUCUCUCUGUGUCGCAGGAACAAGGCCAACGGCGUGAAACCGAGCACCGUGCACUCCUCAUGCACGCCUCAGGCUGCCAAGGCUGUGAGCAACAAGGAGCAGCACAGUAUCUCCUACACUCUGUCCCGGGCCCAGACGGUGGUGGUGGAGUACACUCAGGACAGCAGCACGGACAUGUUCCAGAUUGGUCGCUCCACAGAGACUCCCAUUGACUUCGUGGUGACGGACACGCUGCCCGGGAGUCAGAUCCACGUCGACGGUCAGACGGUUCAGAGCACCAUCUCCCGCUUCGCCUGCCGCAUCAUCUGCCAGAGAAACCCUCCGUACACCGCACGCAUCUACGCCGCCGGAUUCGACACCUCCAAGAACAUCUUCCUCGGGGAGAAAGCAGCAAAGUGGAGAAUGCAGGACGGGCAGAUGGACGGACUGACCACCAACGGGGUUCUGGUGAUGCACCCCCGACAAGGCUUCAUCCAGGGCUCCAAACCCGGCCUGUGGAGGGAAAUCUCCGUCUGUGGAAACGUGUUCACUCUGAGGGAGACCAGGUCCUCCCAGCAGAGGGGCAAGAUGAUGGAGCCUGAGUCUAACGAGCUGGUGGACGGGUCCCUGGUGGACCUGUGCGGGGCUACCCUGCUGUGGCGCACGGCGGAGGGCCUGGCUCACGCGCCCACCGUCAAACACCUGGAGGCCCUGCGGCAGGAGCUGAACGCUGGGCGGCCGCAGUGCCCUGUGGGCUUCAACACGCUCGCCUUCCCCAGCAUGCGCCGCAAAGACGUGCCGGACGAGAAGCAGCCGUGGGCCUACCUGCGCUGCGGACACGUGCACGGCUACCACGGCUGGGGGGGCCGCCGCAACCCUGAAGUGGAGGCCGAGUGCCAGGAGAGGGAGUGCCCCAUGUGCCGGACGAGGGGCCCCUACAAGCCGCUGUGGCUGGGCUGCGAGGCGGGCUUCUACGUGGACGCAGAGCCGCCCACACACACCUUUGUCCCCUGCGGCCACGUCUGCUCGGAGAAGACGGCGGCGUACUGGAGCCAGAUCCCGCUGCCGCACGGCACACACACCUUCAACUCUGCCUGUCCGUUCUGCAUCGAGGCGCUCAGCGGGGAGGCCGGCUGCAUCAGACUCAUCUUCCAGAGCCCGCUGGACUAGAAACACCUCAGACAUAAGUUUGCUUAUCCAAACAACAAAAGGGCUGAAACAAACCCAACUUCUUUCUAUAACUUAAUUUUGUGUAACUUAAUUUAACUUAAUUUUGAGCAAUAUCAAAACAUUUAAUCGGUUUAUGAUUCAGGAUUUGUUGUCUUCCUCUCAAGUGGUGAAUGUUUUUCCCUGGACCAAACUGGGAUGGUUUACUUCACACUCUUUGAUAUAAUUGCUGUUAAUGUGUUCCCUGUAAUUGUCACACUUUUCCAAAUCAACCCAACAACAACUAACAGCCCUGCCUUAUCUGAACAACAGAAGGCUGGCAUGACCAUGAGUCCUUUUGAUAACUUCAUAUAAUUUAAUUUUGAGCAAUACAAAUAGAUGUAUGGGUUUGAUUCCUGCCCUUUUUGGAACAUGUAUUACGAAUCAGUUUUUCUUGUCUUCCUCUUAAGUGGUGAAUGUCCUUCCCUGUAGAAAACUGUGAUGUGUACAGUUUAUUUAUUCCUUUACCUCUUCAGUAAUGUUUUUUGUAAAGCAAUGCAACAUAUAAAGUUGUAUUGUCCCUGCCUUAAAGACACAUUAACACUAAGACAUGAUCACAGUUUGUAUUUGGGCUUUUCUAUGGGAGAGACCAUUUUAAACAAGGAAAUGUGGAACAAACAAAUGUUUCUGUACUUUAUAGUUGUGUGGUUAAUCAAGUGAGCUUCCUCUGUACUGUGGUUGUUUAAUUGAACACUUACUGUAUGUAAUGAUCCUAAUACCAGCUUUGUAUAACACAAAUAUAUUUCUUGGGGGAACUUUUGAAGCUGCUGUCUUUUGACUUGAACCUCAAACAUUCAGACUGAGUUUUGAAACCAAAUAAAAGUACAAUUUGAAAUAG